GCGGCAGAAAUGCUCCGACGAGAAGCUCUUCAGCCUGCGCCCCGAGAACGGCCACAUGCAGCUCCUCAGCCUGAAGGUGACCCUGGAGCUGGCGGGUCGCUGUGGCCUGGCCGCGCUGCGUCGGAGUCGCUACGUCCAGCUGGUCGCGCGGAGCCCCCAGCUGCCCCCCCCGGGAGCCCAGACCCUGAGACUGGCCUGGACGACCCGGCGCGGGCAGCUCUUCAUCCAGACCGACAAGCCGGUCUACACGCCCCGGCAGAGGGUUCACUUUCGAGUCUUCGCCCUGAACCACGAGCUGCGCCCCACGGCCGAGUCCAUCACCAUCACUGUCCUGAACAACCAGGGGCUGCAGGUGCGGAAGGUGGAGCGGUUCCCGCAGAACUGGGUCAUCUCGGACCAGCUCUCGAUCCCCGACAUCUCCGAGCCUGGGACCUGGCGCAUCACGGCGCGAUUCUCCAACGCCCUCGAGUCCAACACCAGCGCCGAGUUCGAGGUGAAGAAAUACGUGCUCCCCAAUUUCGAGGUGAAGAUCAUCCCUGAACGGACCCAUAUGCUGGUGAGGGGAGAGGGGUCCCCCGAUUUGCGCAUUGACCUGCAGGUCAGGUUUGUCUAUGGGAAGGGGGUGAACGGUGUUGCCUACCUGAGGUUUGGGGUGAGCAACGAGGAUGGGGAGAAAACCUUCCUCAGGGGCCUGGAGCAACAGAUCACGGUGAACGAGGGGGCAGCGCACGUGAUCCUGAAGCGCAGCCUCCUGGGAGAGAAAUUGGGGCGACCGCUGCAGGACCUGGCAGGGACCAACCUCUACAUUGCGGUGACCUUCAUAGAGACCGUCAGCGGGGAGCUGGAGGAGCAGGAGCUGAGCACCGUCAAGUUCGUGACGUCUCCCUACAGCGUGGACCUGUCGCAAACCAAACGGCACUUCAUCCCCGGGGCUCCCUUCCUUGUGCUGGCCCGCGUCACCUUGGCCGACGGCUCCCUGGCCCCCCGCAUCCCCGUGUGGGUCUCAGCCGAGGUGUCGGGGGGCCCGUCCCACCCCCAGAGACGGGUGGUGGCGGAUGAGAGGGGGUUGGUGAUGUUCCCCCUCAACCUGGACUCCAGAGCCAGCGCCCUCACCCUGCAGGUGGUGGCGGGGGAGAGGGACCAGGCCGAGGGGUCUCUCCAGGCCACAGCGGUUCGGUCCCCCAGUGGGAGCUACCUGGUGCUGGAGACCCAGCGCUCGGGCGCCGUGGGGCCCGGCCAGUCGCUCUCUGUGGGGCUCAAGGACCUCGGCUCCGGCGCCUUCUCCCACUUCUACUACAUGGUGCUGCACCGGGGCUCCAUCGUGGCGGCGCGCGCCGUGCCCCGGACGUCCUACACCGUAAUCUCCGUCCCCGUCACCCCCGAGCUGGUCCCAGCCUUCCGGCUCGUGGCCUUUUACCGGCGCGGGGACGAGGUCGUGGCCAACUCGCUGUGGGUGGACGUGGUGGACCGCUGCCAGGGGAAGCUGGAGCUGCAGCUGGAGCGGGGCAGCGGGGAGCUGCGCCCCCACGACUCGCUCAGGUUCACGGUGGCCACCGACUCCCGCGCCGCCGUCUCCCUGGUGGCCGUCGACUCGGCCGUCUACGUGGUCAACCGCCGGCACCGCCUCACGCCCGCCAAGGUGUUCGCGGCCAUGGACAGCUACGACCUGGGCUGCUCGCCGGGCAGUGGGGCCGACGCCCUGGGGGUCUUCGAAGACGCCGGCCUGGCCCUGCGCGUGGGGGAGCUGCAGAGCCGGCUGUGGAGCGGGCACAGCUGCGGCCAGGACGCCCCCCGCAGGAAGCGCUCGCUGGACUUCCAGCUGCAGGCCCAGAAGAGAGCCUCGCAGUACCAGGGUGACCCGCUGGCUCUGCGGUGCUGCCGGGACGGGAUGACCCGAGUGCCGAUGCGCCGGACGUGCGAGCAGCGAGCAACACGGAUCCUGGGCCCCGAUGCUGCCCGCUGCCGAGGCCCCUUCCUCGACUGCUGCCAAUUCGCCAUCGAGCUUCGCCGCAAGGCCCGGGCCUGGAGCUCUGGCGGGCUGGCCCGGGUGAACCCCGAGGUGGACGAGGACGAGUUCUUCGACGAUGAUUUUGUGCAGACCCGGAGCGUCUUCCCCGAGAGCUGGCUCUGGAAAACCGUCACCGUGCACGGGAGCAGCCGGCAAACCCACCUGGUGCCGGAUUCGAUCACCACCUGGGAGAUCCAGGCCGUCAGCAUGUCGCCGACCACCGGGAUCUGCAUCUCCGACCCGCUCAGCGUCCGCGUCUUCCAGGAUUUCCACGUCUCGCUGCGGCUGCCCUACGCGGUGAAGCGAUUCGAGCAGCUGGAGCUGCGCCCGGUGCUGUACAACUACCGGGAUCGGCCCGUCAACGUCUCGGUGCACAUGGAGCGCUCGGAGGGUCUCUGCUCCCCGGCGACGGGGGACCGGAUCCGGCGCCAGGCCGUGCAGGUCCCAGCGAAGGGGGCUCUGGCUGUGCCCUUCGCCGUGGUGCCCAUGGGCGCCGCCGACAUCCCUGUCACCAUCACGGCGCAGGGGGGCUGGGGGCUCGGGGACAGCGUCGCCCGGACCCUGCGGGUGGAGAGAGAAGGCACCACCCAGCUGGAGGAGAUGAGCUACACGCUGGACUCUGCAGAGAGGCUCAGCCGGGCGCUGGAGAUCCCGGGGGAGCUGCCCCCCAACGCCCUCCCUGAUGGGGACUUCAAGAUGAGCGUCCGUGUCACGGCCGACGUGCCCGUGGAGACGCUGGAGAAGUCGCUCUCGCCCGCCGGGCUGGUGGGGCUGCUGCGGGUGCCGCGGGGCUGCGCGGAGCAGACGAUGAUCUACAUGGCGCCCGGGCUCUACGCCCUGCGCUACCUGGACGAGACGGAGCAGUGGGUCCAGCUCAGAGCCGAGCGCAAGCAGGAGGGGCUGGAGCACCUGCGCGUGGGCUACGAGCGGAUCCUGACCUUCCGCAAGAAAGACGGGUCGUACGGCGCCUGGCUGCACCGGGCCAGCAGCACCUGGCUGACGGCGUUCGUGGUGAAGGUCCUGGCGCUCAGCCGGCAGUACCAGAACGUGGACGCUGCCGGGAUUCGGGAGUCGGUCACAUGGCUGCUGGGACAGCAACAGGCCGACGGCUCCUUCCGCGACCCACAGCCCGUCAUCCACCGGGACAUGCAGGGCGGCGUCGGGGGGCACCAGGGGGGCGUCUCGCUCACGGCCUUCGUGGUGGUGGCCCUGAAGCAGGCGCUGGCGCUGUACGAGGGGCAAGAGGCCGACCCCGAUCUGCAGAUGGAGAAGCAGGAGCAGCGGGCACGCCUGAAAAGCAGCCUGUCCCGGGCCACGCGGUACCUGUCGGCGGCGCCGGAGCAGGGCCGGGACCCCUACCCGGCUGCCAUCACGGCCUACGCCCUGUCCCUGGCCUCCGACGACGCGGGCGCCAUCGGGGCAGCCGACCGCCGGCUCCGGGACCUCGCCCUGCAGGACACUGAGGGGACCAUGAUGUUUUGGGCAGCAGAGCAGGAUGGGGCCACCUCCGCUUCGGCCAUCUCGGUCGAGACCACGGCCUAUGCGCUCCUGCACCUCGUGCUGCACAACGACCUCUCGACCGCCAAGAAAGUCGCCCGGUGGCUGACGGAGCAGAGGAACUACGGUGGCGGCUUCAAAUCCACACAGGACACGGUGGUGGCGCUGGAUGCCCUGUCCCAGUACUGGAUCAACACCUACACCCCCGAAGGGAACGAGCUGGAUUUAACUUUCUCCAGCCCUGGCAAAUCAGGCACCAAGAAAGUGAUUCUCGACCGUUCCCAGAACCACAUCCAGGAAGAGCUGCAGUUCUCCUUGGGCGACAACCUCCAAGUGAAGGUGGAAGGGAAAGGAAAGGGCACUCUGACUGUGCUGAAGCUGUACAACGUGCUGGAGCUGCACAACGGCUCGUGCCAGAGCCUGGGGCUGGAGGUGACGGUCAGCGGGGACGUGCGCUUCGAGGUGGACGAGGAGGAUGACUAUGACUACGAGUACGGGGGGGAGGCCCCCCUGGCCGAGGCUCCGCUCCACCCCAUCCACUGGUUCGACGCCCGGCGCCGGCGCCGCAGGGAGGCGGCUGAUCCCAGCAAGCGCAACAAGGACGUGGCCUAUUCAGUCUGCAUCUGGAGGCAGCCGGGCUCCCCUCUCUCCGGCAUGGCCAUCGCCGACAUCACCCUGCUGAGCGGCUUCCAGCCCCACAUGGACGACCUCGACAAGCUGAAGGACCUGUCCGAUCGCUACAUCAGCCACUAUGAAGUCCAGGGCCAGAGACUCCUUCUGUACUUCGAGACGGUCCCCCAGGAGCGGGACUGUGUGGGGUUCCGGGCCGCCCAGCCGGUGCCCGUGGGGCUGCUCCAGCCGGCCAGCGCCAGCCUCUACGACUUCUACGAGCCAGCCCAGCGGUGCAGCAUCUUCUACACGGCCCCGGCCCGGAGCAGGUUCGUUUCCGCCCUCUGCUCCCAGGACGUCUGCCAGUGCGCUGAGGGCGCCUGCCCGCGGCUGAGGCGGACCCUGGAGGACAAGGUGACGGAGGCCAAUCGGACCGAGUUCGCCUGCUACAGCCCCCGGGUGCAGUACGGGUACGAGGUCCAGGUCCAGCGGGAGCAGGAGCUGAGCGGCUUCCGGGCCUAUGAGGCCGAGAUCCUGGAGCCCCUGCAGUUCACGGAGGACGUGGGGCUGAAGGCCGGGCAGAGCCGCUGGUUCCUGGUCCGGGGCUCGUGCCGGACCCGCCUGGUGCCGGGCAGACGCUACCUGCUGAUGGGGCAGGAUGGGGAGACGCUGGACCCCCAAGGCCAGCGCCGGUACCUGCUGGACGCGGCCGCCUGGAUCGAGCUGCUGCCGGAGCCCAACCGGUGCCGGGCCACGGCCCAUCGGAACCGCUGCGCCCAGCUCCGCGCCUUCGCCCAGGGCUACGGGCAGAACGGCUGCAGGGUGUGA